AUGGUACCAGAGUCUGUGUGUAUUAUUGGAGCCGGAGUGUUUGGCAUUUCUACAGCCAUUGCCUUGGGAAAGCGGUAUCCCAAUACCAAGGUCACUGUGAUUGACCGGUUAGAGCCGCCUGUUAUAGAUGGCACCAGCGUCGACACCACGAGGUGUAUCAGGGUUGACUACAAGGACCCUAUUUACGCCGAGCUGGCACGCAAAUCGAUGGAUAUCAUCAUGAAUGAUCCUGAUGUGUCGCCCUUUUUCCACCAAUGUGGCAUGUCGUUCGUAUACGACGGCGGGAACGACAAAUGGGCAGAUAUCUGGAUUAAUGGUAAGGUAGCUGCUGAAAAGGCCAACGAAGGAAAUCCUGGUAGAAUGCGAUACUACGACUCGUCGGAGGCGGUGUACAAGAGCAUUCAUGGCGCCGAUUCCCAGCCGGUAGCUGCAAACCCCCGCUGGAAUAAAGGAUACACCAAUUAUCUGAACGGCUUUAUCGACGCCGAAAAAAGCAUGAAAGCGUACUACGAGCGUGCCAAGACGUUCGGCAAUGUGAGUUUUAUCUUCAAAGAAGUGGACUCCAUUGUGUACAGUCCGGGAUCGCGCAAGGCGGAGGGUGUCAAGUUGGUCGACGGGUCGACAAUUGCAGCUGAUCUCGUUAUUGUGGCUGCCGGGGCCUGGAGCUGCAAGCUGGUCAAUCUUAACGGGAUCUGCAAAUCCUCGGCAAUUGAGGUCGCCUGGUACAAGGUGACCAAGGAGGAGGAGAAUCAGUGGGGCAAGAUGGCCAUCACCACCAACCUGUCCACGGGAAUUAACCUUUUUCCGCCGUACAAUGGCGAGAUCAAAUGUCUGAGACGGUCUCCGGGGUAUAAAAACACGUUGCAGGUGCCAAAUCCCGACCCGACAAAGCAAGAGCCCUUGGAGAUCUCCUAUCCGCGGACUGUCGUCGACCAUCCGACCGACUGGAUUCCGCAGGACGCCGAAGACGCACUCCGCGACAACCUGGCAGAGAUCAUGCCUGCGCUGGCAAAGAGACCGUUUGACCGCACCAAACUGUGCUGGCUCACACAAACCCCGUCGGCUAAUUUUGUCAUUGACUACCAUCCGGAGCUGGAGGGCGUUCUUCUUGCCACAGGUGGCUCGGCGCACGCUUGGAAAUUUGUCCCUAUUUUGGGCGACAAGGUGGUGGACUACAUGGAGGGAAAGCUGGAACCAACUUUAAAGGACAUGUGGUCGUUCGCAGAAAAGUUGCAAGUCACCAGGGACAAUGGCUCUGCGCCUCGGAUGGACGGCGAGCCUCAGGAGCUCCGUGAGGUGGUCAGAGAAUGUCCAAAUUAA